UGUCUUUUUCACACAUAUACCGGUUACCAAAACGUCAAACAAACGCGAAGUAUUAUCUUUGGUUGUAGCCAUUUUAGUGAAAACUUUAACUCGUUGGUAAAUUAUUCUUGAAAUAGUUCUGCUACGUAUCUAAUUUUUUAAUUUCAAUAAACAAAAUGGCUCAUGAGCGUUCGCCAUCUGCCGGAGUAGAAAAAGAGGGAAAGGAUGGAAAAGAAUCGUCGACAAAAGAUGUUAAGCCAAAAGUUAGUUCGUCAUCUAAUUCUAACCGUGGACGAGAACGUGAUCGCAGGAGGAGAGGAUCGGCAUCAUCUAGCAGCGACAGUAGUGGCAGUUCAUCAGAUAGCAGUUCUUCAAGAACUACUUCAGGAUCAGGAUCACGUUCAAGCUCUUCAAGUUCAAGCGGGUCAUCAUCGUCGUCUUCUUCAUCUUCAACCGAUUCUGAUCGCAGUGUAAAUAAUAGACGCCGUGGUGGAGCAGGUAACUCAAAUACUGUAAGAAAGAGUGGAUCUCGUUCGCCGCGCCGUUCAAAAUCUCCAAAAGACACAAGUAAGGCACGUAAAGAUAAUUCCCGUUCUAAAGAACGAGAACGGGAAAGGGAACGUGACCGCGAUCGUAAUGAGCGCGACCGAGACAGAGACAGAGAGCGAAAUGAACGAGAUCGUCGACGAUCACGUUCUCGAUCCAAGGAACGUGUGCGUCGCCUUUCAAAUGAUCGUGGCGGUGGAGUUGGAGUAGGAGACGUUCCCAAUGUUAAACGUGAACGUUCUAAAGAUCGCGAACGUGAACGUCGUUCGCGUUCUCGUUCUGGUUCACGAUCUCCACGACGUCGUGUACGCAGUUCAGGUGAACGCAGUCCUGCGACAAAACGACGUGAUCGCUCGCGCUCACGUUCGAAUACACCUAAACCCACUCGAAUACAUGUUGGUCGAUUAACCCGCAACGUUACAAAAGAACAUGUUGUUGAGAUAUUCAGUUGCUUCGGAGAGGUGAAAAAUGUAGAAUUCCCAACCGAUCGUUAUCACCCUUCUUUUGGACGCGGCAUUGCAUAUGUUGAGUAUGCAACGGCAGAGGAAUGUGAAGCUGCCAUGAAGCAGAUGGAUGGAGGACAAAUUGAUGGACAAGAAGUUACUGUGUCACCGGUGUUAACACCAAAAAUACGUGCACCUGCUAGACGUCCUUCGCCCAUAAUGCGACGCCCAGUGGGAAGAUGGCGUUCGCCGCCUCAAUUCAACAGAUUUAAUAAUCGUGGUAGGCGCUCACCCCCACGAGGUCGACGUUCACCCCGGCGCCGUUCCCGUUCACCAAUUCGCCGUCGCAGACGUAGCAAUAGCUCGGACAGUUCUCGUUAACGGAUAAUGAACAAAGAAACAAGUUACUGUGCAAGUUUUAAAGAUAACACUACCCAAACAAGAACAAAUUUCUUGACUUCUAACUUGUUCUAGCUUUUAUUUAAAUUUAUCUACUUUGCAGUUUACGUCGAAGUCGUCUACUUGAUGGUUUAUAUAAAUUAAGAAUUGUUCGUAUUGAAUCAGAGUAUUCACCUUUCAAUUCAAUUAUUUUUCUUCAAUAUCUAAAAUUGUAACGAUUUAAGAUAUGUACUUUUAAAAAAGAAAUGUAGAAACUGCUAUUUAUGAUUUCUAAAUGUGUAACCAUAAUUUAUAUUGUAGAUCAGAAAUAGAAACUUUGAUUAAAAACUUAUUCAAUAUAUAAUUGGAUUACCUUACUUAAAAAAGGAAUAUUUUAAUGAAUAAAUGUACAUAUUUCGGCCGAUAAAGGACAACCAUCUGGGUGAUGAAUGUGAAAAAAACA